AGCACGGACCAUUGGGAAAGUGAUAAAAGACAAAAUACAGACAUUUGCGCUAUGGCGUUACCGGAGAAUGUUGAAAGGCACAUGGAGAGAUGAGAAAGUGCACAGACUGAACAGCACCAUUGCAAAAGGGAAUGCUGCGCUUUUUGGGCCUGUUGCACGAAGAUCAAGUGACACAGUAUCUUCUAACAUCAUGGAGAGGUUUCUUCCAAGUAUGAGAUCUCGUGGAAGACACAGAAGGAUACGGAUCGGAUAGAUAAUAUAAAGGGGUAGGCGAACAUCUGGAAUUUUGGUAUGGUGAAAAGAUGGUCAAAUGAUAGGGCUUGGUGGAAAAGUAUUGUUAGCGACCUACCGACCACGUAGAUGCUAUUAUGAAUGACUGAACUAUUUUUAUAAUAAAGCAAAAAAAAAACUCUCAUCAUGCAUCUUCAGUCAAGAUAUCAGAAAUAUAUUCACGAGUGAGCAUAAUUAAAUCACAACACCUUGCACAUUUUAUCUACGCUAGCUAUGAAAAGUCUUAACCAACUGUCACUGUCAUAAUCAAUAUCAAUAGUAAAUAGCUCACACCAUGAAAGGACAUUGUCACCACACUAGAAACAAAACAACAAAUCUGUCGUGCCCUUUUAUGGUAUCACCCACAUGAUUGCAACAUCAAUUAAUUUGCAAAUAGCAGAUUGAUAUGUGGUUUGGAGGUUAUGAUCAAAGAGUCUCCUUAAUAUCAGUAUUCAAUCUCCACAGAUGAAAUGAUUGAAUAUACCUUGAAAAACUUGACUGUUUUAUUGGCUUGUUGCUUGGAUUGAUUUCUGGCAUGGCAACCAAAUAUAAAGUUUUGUUUAUCAAGCCCCAGUGCUCAGUAUCUCAGACCAAGUUGACGACGCCGGGCCAGUGAUACGCAUUUUUAAAUCAGGCAGAAUCUACGUCUUGUCUUCGCAUUGAAGAGAUUUGCUGAAUAUGUCAAAAAGAAAGUAUGUUUUCCUGACACGUUGUCUACUUGUGCUUACUUUGAGCCAAGUAAUCCACGGGGAGGAUAAUCGAGGCUCAGCAAUGUUCGAAGUUAUUCACAACCCACAUAUGGAGCUGACGAGCAUGUUUCAUAAAUCGUUUCACCAAUGUAGUAAAAGUAAUCCGUGCAAUUUUGUGGUGAAGGAUAUGACAACAAACAAGUAUGAAACACACAAUAAGGAAGGAGAUAUAACUCAAGACCGGAGAAAGCUGAUAAUAUGGAAAAGAAAAAGAAAGUAUUCAUGUCUUGAUUGGCGAUACGACUCUGCAAUGAUUAAUGGGAUAUACAGAAUAUCAGAUGAUGAUGGAGUUGAAUUCAAAGUUUACUGCGAUUUCACAUCAGAGCCAAACUCAGUAUGGACCCUGAUCGAAUCGUUCUCUUUAGGAAAAAACGAAUUGUUCAAAAACAAUCCAUUCAAAAUUGAUUUUCCGUACUUGGAAGAUUCUCCAAACUGGAACAAUUACAGACUCAGCAAGACAAGGAUCGAGAAAAUCAAGUCAAGAUCAACCCACUGGAGGGCAACAUGCAGCUUCGAUGUUUUUGGUGUUGAUUAUCAAGAUUACUUCAGAUUCAAACUUUCUGCAUUUGAUCCACUUUGCUGUUACAUAAGUAAAGCUCCUAUACAUGUAGAACUUGUAAACGUUAGAGGGUACAGCGCUACGGAGCAAUUAGUUGAUUUUUGGCAACGUGAAAACGAACAUCUUCACCUUGAUUCCUACUAUAAUGUUAACUUUCAGCAAGCAAGGAACGGAUCUAUAUAUAGCGAAGAUAAUUUUGGACGCUAUUUAUACCAAAAUGAAGCAUUUAGGUGCACUACCAAUACCAGCAGCACCACUCAACAUUGGAUUGGAAUAAACUACCCUUGAUUCAAAAUUUAGACAGGGGCCCCCAUGUCGACAUAAUUAAACAACAACCGUGUGAAUGGUGUUAACAUAAGAAGUAAGUAAACUGUUUAAGAUUCCCUGCGUUGUUUCACAACACGAUAUGCUAAAUAUUCUAUUAUGUCCAAAGUUGAUGCCCAGAUAUGUGCGGCUUUCCCGUCCUGGCAGAAGCAAACAACCCUUCUUAUGCUCUUGGCAUCAUUUUCCCUUAGGAAACCAAAAUUUGUAGCAAUUUAAACAUAGCCCAUCAGACGACUUUGCUGUAUUGUAGAGAUAAAAAUUACUUUUGCUCUCUAUAAAGUAGAGGUGCUUCUUUCAACUGUAGCUACUCUACAUAUCAAGGUGGGCAUUCAAGAAGUAUUGCAGCAGCAUAUUGCUCAGAAAUAUUUUCAAAUAAGAAUUCAGUGAUAGCCUUGUUUUUCCAAAGAAAUGUUUCUACCUUUUCUCUCUUCGCAUUCAAUUUCAUUCCUUAACACAGCUUGUUCUUUGUUAGCUUUAUCUGAAAAUCUAACGAUCUGUGCAAGCUGAGAGGAAGCACACACUUUCUUUACCAGUCAUAUAGAAUAAAAGAAAGCAACAAUUUAAAGGUAGCAAUCAGCUGCUGUGUUAUUUUUGUGCAUGAGCGAAUGAGCGAGACCUGGGGCGUAGGGUGCACAAUUGCUAAUUUCUUUAAUCUGCCAUAAGACUGUUCUAAAGUAAUGUAAUAAUGGCUACCGAUGUGAUAGAAGUAAAAUUCAUUUGUUCAAAAAUUGUAUUUUGACAAUCUGUCAUAAAUUCUUGCCGAAAAAAAUCUAACUAGUUUAGAAAAUUUAGGGCCUAUCUAAAAGGGGGGCUAGGGAGAAGGUCCAAAGUGCCCUGUGAAUAAUGCGACACUGGUUUCAAUAGAUGAAUCCAUUUGAUUGGAGACUUCAAAUUAUUGAUAUAUUCCUUCGUAUCAAAUAGUAUAAAACUUCCAAGCUAAGCAAUUAUCACAAGCUCUUCGGCACUGUUGCACUAGAUUUUUACAUUUUGUUGCUGUAUGUAAGAAACUCACGUAAAUACUUUACUUUGAGUUUAAGCUACAUUUGGUUAUUUUUAAUGUAUGUUUCACCUUUUUUUAUUGCCUUUUUUAUUACAUUAUUUUUUUCACUUGAAUGAUUAUAGUACACUACAAGCGCAGAGAGUUAAUGAAUGCACCUUUUGGAUAGACGUGUUAAGCUGCUUAUUGAAUAUUUUACUGUGCCAUGAUAAAAAUAUAUAUUAGUAA